AUGGCGGGAGAGGACGACAGGCACAAGGAGCACUUUGUGUGCGUGGUCUGCGGCUCGUCGCUGUUGGGCACGCAGUACCAUGAGCACGAGGGCUCGCCGUACUGCCACGCCGAUUUCAUGGGCACGUUUGCGCAUCGGUGUGCGGGAUGCAAAGAGUCUGUGUUUGGGGCGCAUCUGACGGCGCUCGACCAGCACUGGCACACAGACUGUUUUGUGUGCACCACGUGCAGGCAGCCGUUUGCGUCGGGCCGGUACUUUACAGUCGACAACAUGCCGUACUGCAGCGAGCACUACCACUCCAAGGUCAUCACGGACAACCAUGUGUCGGCGCUCGGCGCCUCGUGGCAUGCGCAGUGCUUCAACUGCUCGUCGUGCGGGUCAAAUCUGACCGGCACGCUGUUUGCCUCGCGCAAGGGCAAGGCCGUGUGUAAGACGUGUGCCAACGCCGUGUCGCGCAAGCGCUCGCAGCGCAUCAUUGAGACGCUCAAUGACAUCCGGGCGUCUUCGCCGGCUCGGCCGGCCCCGGCGGCUAGGCUGCCGGACGAGGUUGUUGCCAAGCUCCGCGACCUGGGCAAGGCCUACGCGCGGACGGUGCGGACGGUGCUGACGGCGGUGACGGCCGAGGACGUCGGCACCAUCAAGUCGAACAUAGCAGCUGCCGUCAAGCCGGUCAAGGAUCUCAUCGGGACACUCCGCCAGGAUGCGGCUACCGCCGCCAAUGCCGAGAUGCACGCGUCAACGCUGCAGACUGACGCUACUGCGCUGCUGACCCACGUCAAAGCCGUUUUUUCUGCCAAGGGCGAGGCUCUUGUUCCUGCGCUAGCGCUGCUCAAGAAGCUCCUUGUCAAGUUGACCGGGGACGUCAACGCGGUGGUCUCGUCGAUGGCCGCGACCAACGCGCCUGGUGCGAGUGCAGCCGAGGAGAGAGAGAGCGAGAGUGAGAGCGCGGCUCGAGGACAAGCCGUGAGUUCCGAGCCGCCAAAGCGGGCGUCGGCAGUGCUCGAUGAGGCACCAAGCGUCAAGUCUAUGCUUGACCAGCAGUUGAGGUCGUUCCUUGUGGAGAACGCGGAGCUCUGCAUCUACUUGACGCAGGCCGGCGCCGACGUCGACGACGUGGUGCCGGACGACGAGGCGGACGGUGGCGACGUAGACCCCAAGGCCAUUUUGUUGGUGCGGCGGAUGCUGAGAUCGAUGACAGCGAUUGCAGCGACAACCGAAGUGCUUGACGAGCUGGACUGGACCGGCCCGCAGUCGCUGGCGGCCAAACUUGUGGAGGCGGCCAAGGCUGGGCGGGUGGCAGUGCGGGCCGAGGCGGAGCGGGCAGUGGCGGUUCAGCGAUGCGCCAACGAGCUGCGCGAGCUGAUUGCCUCGAUUGUCGGCCCGUACCUCGACCCAGCAGACGAGCACGACGACUCCAAGCUCGAAGUCAAGGGCCCGAUGGGCCUCAACCACCGGCUUGAGUCGUUUGGCGUCGGAACGGCCUCUCACGGCGCACACUCGCGAUUCAUCACCGACUGGCAAGACGCGUCCAAGUUUGAACCAAAGGCUGCGGUGAAGCACAACUCACGGCGUGCGGCGACGGUCAACCUCUCGUCGCUCGAUGUCGACUUUGACUCGCCUGAGGGUCAGGCAGCGGUGGGCGCCAUGACGGCGGCCAGCGCUGCCAACGGCGGGAGCAGCAAAGCGAGCGGGCGGAGUGGGCGCAAGGUUCCGGUCCGCAAGGGCCGCGACCGGCCGCUUCCGAGCGCCAAAGCCGACUUGCCUGGCUCGUCGAAGCGGAACAAGCAGCACCGGCGGCGCGCUGUGUCGAUGUCGUUGUCGCUGCUGACGACGGCACGGCUUUCGGCGUCGAUCGGAUCGGUCCAGGAGAGCAUCCAGCCGUUUGAGCUCGAGCUUCCAACAGCAGCGGCGACAACAGUGGAGACGCAGGAGCGGUCGCGGGUGCUGGACAUCCAGAAGCUGAUGGGCGACCUCGGAGACAUUCUCGAGUCGGAGGAUCUCUCGGCGGUGGCGUACACGGCCGAGUCGCUCGACGAGGUCUCGUCCGAGUCGGGCGAGACCGGGGUGGCGGUGGCUACGCCGGUGUCGGCCGCAGCGGCGACGGCAGUCACCGUCUCGCCGACUAAGGCUGGCCCGUCUUCGCCGGCGUCGGCGUCGGAUGCCAUCACUGCACGUGAGGUUGUGCUCCUCCCGCGGUCAAAGCGCGAGAACGUGGAAGAGCGGCUGGUCGACGAAGACACGGCGGCGUCGGGCGCGGCGUACCUGCCAGAGACGGUGCCGGCGGUGCGGACUGCACGCUCGCCGUCGAUCUCGGCCAACGGAAAGCUCGAGCUCCACCCGCCGACCUCGGGCAAGCUGGUGCUCAAACGGGGCAUGUUCAACAAGUGGAAGCGGCGGCACUUUCUACUCGAAAACGCCGUGCUCUACUUUAUGAAGCUCAACGGGCGGACGGUCAUCGACCGGCUGCCGGUGCCCGGGUGUGCGAUCUCGCGAUCGCCCGAGACCUCGCACUCACACGCGUUUUCGCUGACGACGCCCGAGGCGAUGGGCGGCGACGUGGUGGUCUUCCGGGCUGAGGACGCGGCCGACAAGUCACGGUGGGUCAACGCGCUCGAGUCUGUGGCGGCCAUGCCGACCUCGUGCAUCAAUGAGGCGCUGAUGCGGCCGGUGACCAAGAAGCAGUCACGGAUGACGCUCCGCAAGGGCAAGUCGUUCUCGCUGGCAGCCGGGCUGGCGGCAGCAGGAUUGGCCAGCGCGCCGACGCUUGUCAAGCGCAAGGCCAUUCUCGAGGGCGAGACUGAAGUCCUGGUUUACAUCAACAACAAGGUGGAGGCCGGGACGCCCGAGAAGCUCAUCUCGCUCCUGGUGUCCGAAUCGGACCCGCCGCCGGGCUACGAGACGGUCUUCCUCCUAUGCUUCCGGCACGCGAUCAAGCCCAAGUUUGUGCUCGAGACAGUGAUGGGCCGGUUCAACUGCGUGGCACCGGCCGGAGCCACCGGCCAGCAAUUGGCGUACGUCUCGACGUGGCGGCCGAUCAUCCAGACACGGGCCAUCGACUUUGUCAUGCACUGGGUGGAGAACAACUGGUACGACUUUCACGACGACGAGGUCAUGGUCAUGGGCGUCAUGAACUUUGUCUCGCUCGUCCGCGAGGUCGGUGACUCGGACGACAUCCGGGCACGGGCCGAGCAGAUCGAUGCCCUCAUCGAGGCCAAGAUUACAGAGUUUGACGGGUACAAGGAGGCCAAGCUCGAGGGCCCGUCGGGCGGCAUCGCCCACGAGUGGGGAAAGCUCGUCGAGUACGACGCCGUCGAACUCGCUCGCAACUACACGCUGUUUGAGAUGGAGAAGUUUGUGGCCGUCCGCCCGGAAGAGUUCACCGUCCAGAUGUGGGGCGACAAGUCCAAGGGCUUCCUCCGGGUGUACUCGGAGAACCUCUCUGCGUUUGUCGACUCGUUCAACCACGUCUCGUACUGGGUGGCGUCGGAGAUCUGCCUCAUGCCCGACCUCAAGAAGCGCGUUGCCAUUCUCAAGCACAUCAUCACGCUCGGAAAGGAGUUCUACGACCACCGCAACUUUAACGGCCUCAUGGCCGUCAUCUCGGGCCUCAACCUUGCGUCAGUCCAGCGGCUCAAAAAGACCUGGGCCGGCCUCCCCUCCAAGUCGCUCGCCACGCUUCACCAGCUGGAGGCCGUCAUGUCGCCCAAGUCCAACUACGCGCACUACCGCGACCUGCUCUCCGAUACCUCACCAGCUGUGCCAUUCUUUGGCCUGCUCCUCAAGGACCUCACCUUCCUCGAUGAUGGCAACCCGAAGCGGAUCGACGGCACUGCGCUCGUCAACUUUGACAAGUGGCGCACGAUCGCCACCGCCAUCCUCUCUAUCUGCAAGUUCCAGGACUCGGAGUUUGACUUUGUCGCCGACGAUGACGUCACCACCUACCUCAAGUCGUGCCUCAUUGUCGACGACCGCCCACUGUACUCGUACUCGCUGCUGUGCGAGCCGCGCGGCCAAGCCGAGGACUCGGCGUCGCAGCGGCUCAUCGAAAAGUGGGCUGCUGCCUCGUAGUAGUCACUUCCCGGUCUAGGGAUAUCAU